UUGAAGCCGACUUGAUUCAGAUGAGUCAUCUUUAGUGGGGCCCACAACUUCAUCUUCUUCCCCAUUUUUUGUCUUUAAAUUUUGGUAUUAAUUUCUGAAAAUUUACAAGCCAACAAACAGAUCAAUCUGGUGGCCCACUUGUACACUCUUGUGGUUAAUCAGUUGAUCAAGAUUCUACCCACACAAAUCCACAUAUAGAUUCACGUAGAUACAGAACACCCCUUCACCAAUAUAUAUACUAUAUAGAGAGAGAGAGCUGUUGGGUGUAGAGAUAUACAGUGAACAAAAUGGAGGGGAAAGCUGUGGUGGAUCAACAAAGCGAAUGCAGCAUUUACGCAAAAACAGGGAAAAGAACAGAGUGUGUUGGUGUAAACAAUGAUCGUGGAAGGAAUCAAGAAGAGCUCAAGAAAACUGCUCAAAUGAGAGAUUUACUUGAAAAACAUGAUCCAACAUCCAAGGAUUAUGAUGAUCAGACAAUCAGAAGGUUUCUUCAGGCACGCGAUCUGGACAUUGACAAAGCUUGUGCAAUGUUUCUCAAAUACUUAAAAUGGAGAAAAACAUUUGUUCCAAAUGGAUCCAUCUCAGUAUCCGACGUCGAAAAUGAAAUCGCACAGAACAAAAUGUUCAUGCAAGGAUCCGAUAAAAUCGGACGCCCAAUCACUGUAGUGUUCGGCGGUAGACAUCUUUGCAACAAAAAAGGCGGCGUGGAAGAGUUUAAACGUUUUGUGGUGUUUGGGCUGGACAAAGUAUGUGCUAGGAUUCCUCAAGGCCAGGACAAGUUUGUGGCUAUUGGAGAUCUUCAAGGAUGGGGAUAUUCAUGUUGCGACAUACGCGGAUACCUUGCAGCACUAUCUAUAUUGCAGGAUUAUUAUCCGGAAAGGCUCGGGAAAUUGUUUAUAUUGCAUGUUCCUUACGUGUUUAUGACCGCGUGGAAGAUGGUUUACCCCUUUAUUGAUGAAAAAACGAAGCAAAAAGUAAAUUGUAUUUGUUGAGAACAAGCAGCUGAAAUCAACACUACUGAAAGACAUUGAUGAAGACCAACUUCCGGAUAUUUAUGGGGGCAAUUUGAAAUUGGCUCCUAUCCAAGAUGUCUAAUGUGUGUGUAAUCGAAUUGGUGAUGACUCGCUCUAGACUUGUAACUUAUUUAUAUACAUAUAUAUAAUUCAAGGUUGAGAACGAGAAUUAAUUUA